AUGUCGUUUUGGAGGUUGACAAGUUGCACGCGUGUAGCUGUGUCGCGGAGGGCUGCAGUACCCAGUCGGAGAUUUCAAACAGUGGGUGGUCACAUCUCAAGGCGGUGUAUUUCCACUGGGGUGGUGUCCCAGGAGGUUCAAGUGAGCGACGAUAUCUUCUUGGAUCCGAAGCGGUGGGUUGGGUUACCACCCGCGCGUAUCAUUGACCUGUACUGGGAAAGGAAGGUCAAGCUCGGUUUAGCGUAUAGACCCACGAAGGAGGAGUUAGAUGCGCUGCUGACCACCUCAGAGUAUACGGGGGUCUCCCCCAAAGAGAUCAGGAAACUGUACGAACAGAAAACGGAAACGGUCACUUCGUCAGUCAGAUACUCUAAAGACGAUCUUAAGUACGGGCUGCGGCCCUUCCAGUUUGACGAACUGCCCUCACCGGCACAGGACGAGUUAGCGAACCGCCACGAGGAAAACUUCUACAAGAAACUGGCAGCGUUCGAAUUACCUCUGCUUGUGCAGUACCGGCAGGAGUACAAACCACCACGGGACACAGAUGUAGUAUCGUACAGGUACACAUCGUACUUCGGCGAGGAACACCCAAACUCUCGGAAAGUAGUGCUCUCCGUGAAAACACGCAAUCUUGGGCUCGACAGCAAGCAGCUUCACAAGUUCCAACUUCUCGCGAGGACACGGUACGACUUCCAAACAGACACUUUCAAGAUGUCCUCGGAUAAGUUCCCAGAGUCCGCGCAGAACGCACGGUAUUUGAACGACGUGUUCAACAGACUGCUUGACGAGUCGAGGGAUCUUUCAGAGGACGACUUCGCCGAUGUGCCCCUAGACACGAGACACAUCACGGCCAAGAACUUACGGAAAAGAUCGACAAAGGGGUUCGAGUUCCCCAAGGAGUGGAAUAGACCAGAGGACGCACCGGCACAGAAAGUAAACAUGCUGGGGAAAGUGCUGGAUCGGUGA